ACUGUCUCGAGGAGGAGGGCGAGCACUCGCAGCAUCAGCAACACACACAUUCACAUACACACAUACACAAAGAGGUCAUCUCGCGUGCUGCGACUUGAAUGGAAGAUAACCGAGUGCCGCGAGACACAAUAAAGGAAGCAUAGGGACUGAUCGCUGUGCCGUGUCACACGCGGGAGAGCACCAAGGAGCAGCAACCGAGCUUUGUAAAUCAAGGUGCAGAAGGUUGAAUCCAUGUUCCCUAAGGUUUUCCUUCAGUGGUAUGCAGCUCUUUCCAGCUGUGCGGCUGAAUUAGAGCGGCGACGGCACGGCAAAUUCCAGCCAUUCAGGCGUCUAUUUGGUAAGAAGAAAAGAAGGGAAGCAGAACGUGGGUUUGAGGGAUCUGAACUUAAACCUAGCCAUUCCACUGAUAAUGUCUGCAAUGGGGUGGCCACAGUUAAUGAAGAGAACAAUCAGUAUCUAAGGGAGUUAAACACCCUAGGGUCCCGAGCUUUUUCACAUGAGAGUGUAUUUAUCCCUGAGGAGUCAGAGAAGACACAUCCAGGACAGACAAUGUCCCAGGAAAACGUUUCAGACAAAGUCAAGAACAUUCAGAAGCAAAUUGGACAUAAUAUCAAAUUUGGUCAGAGACCCGCAUCACUUAGAAAGAGUGAGGGAGAUGAAGGUAGCUCAGAUGAGGAAGAGGUACCACAAAGUCCGUUGAGGGUUCUUGCUCAGGUGGAGAAUGAACCACAGGAGACUGAAGCCAAGGAAAUAGCUGUCAGCCAUGACAAGGUCCAGCACAGAACUCCAGUCAAAUCCCCACGCUCUAAGCGCCCACCUCCCCCUGGCACAAUUGAGUCCAUCAAUCUAGAUGCUGUCCCUCAGUCUGUCCCACGCUUGGACAAUACUGCUGCCAAACACAAACUCUCUGUCAAACCGAAGAACCAGAGGGUAUCUCGCAAACACAGAAGGUUUACACAGGAGUUUCAAGAGGAGGAUCUUUCUGAAAUGCAAGAGGAAUGUGAAACACAAAAAGACGAAGAAGUGUUUGAUUUGUCAAGAGAGGAGUAUAACAUUAUCCAUAGCAGCAAAGGAGAUUAUGAACCUACUGAGAAAUCGGUGAGGCGACAGUUUCAUGAGGAGGAGUUAGAACGCCUUGAGCUUCAGAGGAGGGAACAAGAGGAAGAAAGAAAGAUGGAGGAACAACAAAGGAGAAUCGAGGAGCAGAGGCUAGAACAAGAAAAGUGGCGUAGACAGGAAGAGGAAAGACUGCAAAGGGAGGAAGAGGAGAGGAAGCAGCGAGAAGAAGAUGAGAGGAAAAAAAGGGAAGAGGAAAAAAGGAGGAGAGAAGAGGAAGAGCAAAGAUUAAGAUGUGAAGAAGAGCGAAAGAGGCAAGAGGAAGAGAAAAGAAUGCAGAAAGAGCAAGAGGAAAGAAGAGCAGAAGAGAGAAGGCAGCAGGAACUUGAGGUGGAGCGUCUCCGUAUAGAAGAGGAAAGAAAAAGUGAGCAGGAGGAGAGAAGAAGAAAAGAGGAGGAGGCAGAACAACGUAGGAUUGAAGAGUUAGAGGAGAAACGGCAGAGAGAGGAAGAGGAACGUGUCCAUGAGGAGGCUGAGAGGAAAAGACUACAGGAAGAGGAGGAAAAAAAGAGUCAACAGCAAGAAGAGACAGCUGGAGCUCCUGACCCAGAAUGGAAAAGAAAAGCAGAGGAACUGAGAUGGAGAGAGAUGGAGGAGAGACAGAGACCCUUCACUUUUAAGGUCUCCUCGGGCGAGAAGCAGAUACUCUUCCAGAAGGUUAACCUCACUCCUGUUACUCCAACAACUGGCCAACAGGGCGAAACAAUAGCUGAAACCAGGGAGGGAGCAAAAGCUUCUUCACCAGGAUGCACAGAUUCACCAACUCGGUCUUCAUCUCUUUACGUCCCACAUACUGCAAUUCUUGUGACAGGAGCCCAACUUUGUGGAACUGCAGUCAAUCUCGAUCAAAUCAAGGACACAGCCUGCAAGUCACUUCUUGGCCUUUCGGAGGGCAAAAAAGCCAUGGGCACUCCUCCAACCAAGAUCAAGACAUCUCCAGACGAUAAAUCUGGGAAAACCAAAUCCUUUUAUGAGUCUUCCUUAUCUGCAGACCAAUCCAACGCUGCUGUCCUGGCAGAAUGGGCAAGUAUCCGAUCCAAAAUUUUUAAAGGUGCUGAAGAGGGAAAAUAUCCCGAAUACCCAGAUCAGAGUCGCAGGCCGAUAAGUGAGGAUCUAAAUACAGUGCCAUUUUCUCACACCAACCUCAGGAAAACCAUGUCAGCGAGUGCUAAGUUUUCCAUCACACCAGCCAGGAAGAAAUUUCCUGAUUCCAACAGGAACUCAGAAUUUUUUGGUCAGGAAGAAGAUGUGAGAGUAGAAUCGGCAUCUAUGGAAACUCCCUUUGUCCAAAAAGUAGAAUUGCUGUCUUUAGGUACCAAGAUCCAGAGCAGGGGAAGCAAGGUUGUUCGCAUCGCAGAUAGUGCUGAAGAAUGCAUGUUUGCCAAAGACCUCCCCUCCUUUCUCGUUCCCAGUCCGCCACAUGGAUCUCCCAAGUCACAGAGAUCCGAGACUGGGUCCCCAAGUCAGGCAGAAUCAGAAGAUUCGGACACAAAGGAUGAAGGCGAUCAGAAGGAUCAUGGUGGUGAUGAGCAGCCCUCACCAUUUGGAAUUAAGUUGAGAAGAACCAACUACUCUCUUCGCUUUCACAAUGAACAAUCAGCAGAGAAGAGAAAGAAAAGGUACAGUGCAGGAGACAGUUUUGAAGGUGUCCCAGUGCCCCUCACCUCCAUUGACCAAGACCCUGAUACUUCUACAGUCUUGGAAAAGUCUAGCCCUGUUUCUCCACAACAAGAGAUUAUUGAAUUUCGUACCUCUGUAGCAUCCAAUAAAGAAUUUCGAAGCAAGUUUAGCAAAAGUACUCUCCCUUUGGUACGUACUGAAGGCGAUAACUUUGCCCCCAAACUUCCACUUUACCAAAAACCAGCUACUUCCCCUAAGCCAUCUGAAGGUGCCACUCCUCCACCCUCUCCUCUCCCAAAACCUGGCAGAAGGACUUCAGGAGACAUGAUUUCACAAAGGACAGGGGAAACAGAACAGAUAUCUACUGAGAAGAGCAGUGAUCAUAAAGUUGCAGUAUCUGUAUCCCAGAAAAAUGGACAAGGAGAGGAGUUUAAAGAAAAGAAGUCAUUUUUUCCAUCCAUCAGCAUCCCAUGGAGAGAAAAAACAGAUCGCAGGACAGAACUCAUUAAAAAAGAAAAACCCUCUCUGCAGGCCAGGCACUCUCUGGACAGCUCACGGACACAGGAGAAAGAGGCAGGACCACUUUGGAUCACUCUGGCACUGCAAAAACAGAAAGGCUUCAGAGAACAGCAACAAAACCGCGAGGAUAGGAGAAGCCAGAGAGAGGCUAAGCUGGCUGAGAAACAAGCUAGGGACAGAGAAAGCGCUGAAAUGGUCAGUCCCACAGAGGAUAAAGGUAAUGGAAGUUCCAGCCCACCCAAACCUCAAACAGCAGAUGAGAAUAAAAGACCAGACACACUCCUGGCCCGUUUUGAACGACGCGACAACUUGAAGAAAGCCAAUACCUUGCCCAGCUCAGUCACAGUUGAAAUAACAGACUCUACACCAUCUCCGCCAGCAACAAAGGAUGUGACAAAGCGCUUACCUCCUGGUGACACUACCCAGGUUUCUACCGAGCCAGCCUGGCUUGCCCUAGCCAAGCGUAAGGCCAAAGCCUGGAGCGACUGCCCACAGAUCAUCAAGUGAUACAUUACUACUGACCCAGUGAAAAAGCAAAUAAGUCUUUUCUCCUUCAUCCACAUCAGUCAACCAUCACUGCACUCCAGCUCACAUCUGGCUCUGAAUAAAAAGUCCAUAAUAAGCAAUCAGACAUUUACGAAUAAUUGUUUUUUAAGUUUAAAAAAAUUUUUUUCCACAAAGACAAAAUAUUGUACUAGUAUUCAGACUGGCU